AUGGGCAGGAAGAGACGGGCUCCUUGAGCCUGCGGCAAAAAGUUUGACGGAUACUAGCGUAGGAGCAUUGUUAUCAACGUUUCCGUCGAGUCCACGAAGUGUCUAUGUUUCAAAGCUGCGACUGACUUAACUGUUCGAAACAUUGUUACGAACAGUACGCGGAAAAUGUGCAAGAACGCGAUUGUUCAAUCGAGAAAAGCGUGGCUGGCUGAGUGAGGUUCCUGUGACGUUCCAAAGAGAGAAACGUAGCGUGUGCAAGGUUAUGGGCGUGCUGCUGGUGCGAUCCAGUGUAUGCCAGUGAUUCUCACUGACAUGCCUGCGGUCCCCGUUGGAAAAAAUUUUGUGCCCGCGACGACUUGGUGCAUAAUCAGUUGCCGCGAAGCCGUUCUGACGCGAGCGUGAUCUGUCAUUCUUGUCGCCGAUCCUUGAACAUCGUGUUGCAUGAAACCAUGACGCGAAAGCUGAGCAAGUUUUUGAUACUUUUCAACAAUACCAACCUCUUAUAUUUUCCCGGCCAUUUUUUGUCCGGCCGGGUGCUUAUCGAGUUGGACGAUGAAGCAUACGUUUCAGGGUUGCAUUUUCAUGUGAUCGGCGAAGGAGUGGUGCGUGUACGCAGUCAACGCGCCGAGAGGGUUUACGACAAAGAAAACUAUAUAGAUUUUCGUAUGAGAUUGCUGGGCGAGCCAGGAGAGGGACCGUCGCUGCUAUCGCCGGGGAUCCACAGCUUUCCAUUCAAAUUAGGCCUGCCCCUGGGCCUACCGUCUACUUUCCUGGGCAAACACGGCUGGGUGCAAUAUUAUUGCAAGGCUGCACUUCGGGAGCCCGGCGGACUGACGCACAAGAAUCAGCAAGUCUUCAUCGUGAUGAACCCCAUCGAUCUGAAUCUAGAACCGCCGAUCCUGGCACAACCGGCUAGACAAGAAAUCGAGCAACGGGUCGGAGUAUCCUGUGUCUCAGGAGGACCUGUAUUCUGUAGGGUGAGCCUCGACAGAGGCGGAUACGUACCCGGUGAAACUAUCGGCAUCUCAGCGACAGUCAGCAAUCGAAGCAAAGUGACAAUGAAAUCGACUAAAGCAUCCUUGACCGAAACAAUCCAGUACCUGUGCCGUGGUAAAGUGCUAGCCAGCGAGACACGAGAACUGGCAAGCGUUUCUAGAGGGAAAAUUCGUCCCGGCGAAGGCGAAGAAUGGCUAAACGAACAGAUGUAUGUUCCACCAUUACCACCGACUAAUUUGCGAGGCUGUCACCUCAUCAACGUUCUUUAUCACGUCUAUUUCGUAAUAAGCCCAAAGAGUUUGGACAAAGAGAUUAAACUGCAAAUACCAAUAGUCCUAGCCACUUAUCCCUUGAGGCAGGAAGGUGCACCAGCAGGAACGGCACCGUCGAAAAGGGGAGCACAUUACCCAUCAACAUUGCCAAUAUUUCGACCAUGGUUGGACGAUAAAGCUUUCGAGAUUCAGGAGUGAGGGUUUAAUUAACUUUCACCGACGACCUUAAUAUGCGGAUAUGAAAAAUCUUGAAGAACACCAUUUCGGAAAUAUUUCUGCGACAACGAUGUUGAAAAUUUAUGGAAAUAUUCCAAAUCUUUGGAACCGUUA